GUUGACAAUCAGAAAAAAUCACAGUUCUUUGAGGAAAAGACAGCAACAAAGUCGACAUAAUGUUGGUACAUUUUCUUGGUUUAGUAGUACUGCUAACAAUUGGAUGCACGGAUGGCCAACAGAGACAAUCAAUUCAACCGAACGACGAAUGUAACAGCAACGACUUAUGUAUAGGAAAAACAGAUCCGUUGGAAUAUUACGUUUAUCCUAAAGACCCUUCGAAAUAUUUCGCAUGUUAUCAAAUUGAAUUACCUGAUGGUAGUAUAACACCACUUAAUAUGGGUUGCCAACAGUGCGCUAGACGAAGUACUAUCUAUUCACCAGAAUGUAAAAGGUGCCUUUCACCUAAGGAUGUUGCUAGCAAAAACUGUUCCGAUCCUGUUUCACCACCUGCACAGCAAUCCAAUUCGUCAGCACCUGUGAAUGUCACUUCGUGUGCACCAAUCGAUUUUUGUGUCUCUAAACCAAACGCAACCUUUCGAAAUCCUGCUGACAAUUCCAUGUUCUUCUCUUGCGUCAACGAAGUGGCUACAGAGUGCCAGAAAUGUGCUGGAUCUUUGAUAUACGUCGAAGUGUGUGGCUCCUGCGAAGUUAAUGAUACACAAUUGGCUUCAGAAUGUCCUGUAACACCAACUAUGACAGCACCAGAACAUCUAUGUCCUGACGAUUUUUGCAUUGCAAAAGAUGACGGUGACCACGAAGUCAGUUCAAAUUCAUCUACAUAUCACACCUGUAUGGAGGGGACCUGCAUGGUUAGAUCAUGCCAACCUGGAACAGCCUUUGCCGAUAUAUGCGACAAAAAAUGUGUCGUCAAUUAUACAAAUGUCAAAUCUGGAUGUCCAACAUUACAGCCUGUUGAUAGUCCAGUGGAUGUCAAAACAUGUCCUGAAAACUUCUGUAAUUUAAAACAGAACGGAAAUUAUCCAGUAGCCAGUGGAGUGAAAGCACAAAAUUACUACGCGUGCACUUUUUCACUGUGUAAUGUAUUCACCUGUCAAACUGGAUUGGUUUAUCGCGCAGACAAAGACUGGUGCGAUUCUCCAGACAAUUUUUAAACUUUACAGUUUAAAUAACUGUGAUUGGUGCAAAUUGGAGAUAAUCUGGAAGAUUUUGGAAAAUGAUUUUUAAUUUAAAUAUUUUGUAAUUAGACCUGUAAAGGUGUAGAAUUUCAAUAAAUUUUUUAUUUCGUUAAAUGGUUUUCCUUGUUUUCCUUCCAACAAUUUUUUGAAACCAAAUAUUUUAUGUUUUUGUGGCUAUUUU